AUGGGUCUAUUCAUCUCAGAAAACAAAUUAGAGAAUUUAAAGCUUUAUAAGUACUCGUCGGAGGAUCAUUCGAUCAUUUCGAAGUACAUCUUGAAGAAAUGGUGGAACUCGUUUGUGGAGAUCUUUCCGCUUUCAAUGGCGCCAAACGCGGUGACAUUACUUGGAUUAGGGUUUAUUGUGUUGAACUUGUUGUGUGUGUUUUACUACGAUCCUUAUUUGGACGAAGCGUCGCCUAGAUGGUGCUACUUCUUCUAUGCGUUUGGGUUGUUUAUGUACCAGACGUUCGAUGGGUGUGAUGGGUGCCACGCUAGAAGAACUGGUCAAAGUGGACCAUUAGGAGAGUUAUUUGAUCACUCUGUGGAUGCAAUCAAUACCACAUUGGGUACGAUUGUAUUUGGAUCGGUGUUCAACUUGGGAUACGGUUGGUUGUUUCUCAUCGCGCAGUUUGCAUCUGUGUGCAAUUUCUACACUUCGACCUGGGAAGAGUAUCACACCCAUACUUUGUACUUGUCUGAGUUCAGUGGUCCAGUAGAAGGUAUUUUGAUGAUCUGUGCGUGCUUUAUCUUGACAGGGAUCUUUGGGCGUGAAUUGUGGUCAAUCAACUUGGUUGAACUCGACUUGAGCUCUAUUGGCUACAGCGACCAUUAUAUUCUUGAUACGUCAAGUAUAAUUGUUGUUCUUGGAUUAGGAUCAUUAUACUUUAAUAUCUCAUCUGCUAUGGCAAACGUUAACAAGAAGUACGCCUCUGAAUCCGACGGUGAUUUGUCAAAAGCAAAUAAUGCCACCUUAGAAGCUUACAAAGGCUUAAUUCCAUUUUUUGGGUAUUAUGCCGCCAUUAUCUUACUUGUUGUCUUAUAUCCUGAAACUAUCUCGCAAUUUGGUUUCCCAUUGGUGAUUUCUAUUGGUUGUUCUAUUGCAUUCUCAGUCGGUAGAAUUAUUUUGGCUCACUUGACAUUGCAAUCUUUCCCAAUGGUACAAUACCCAAUGUUCAUGCCAGUCAUACAAAUAUUAUUGGCUAAGAUCUCGAUUGAUAUUUAUGGCUACGAUUACUACAAAGUCUUAGGUGCCGUUAGUUGGUUAGGUUGUGGACUCACUCUAGGCAUCCAUUCGUUUUUCAUCACUGAGAUUAUUGCUGAAAUCACUUCCUAUUUAGAUAUAUAUGCUUUAACUAUAAAGCAUAAAAGAGCCUAG